UUUAUUUUUUUUAGGGUUAAACAUACAAAACUUGCUAAAAAGCUAUCAAAACUUAUCAUGCUACUACUAUAAAAAUAAAUCUGCAAUUUUGCAGGUUGGACACCAGAGGGCAGCAAGUGUAAAGGACAGGUGGUUGUCAUGGCAACAAAGCUGCCAUGGUAACAGCAGUAACAGCGGACGAAAGCACUUCCUGUCCACAAGAGACUUGAAACCUCAAAUCGUCCUUUUUCUUAUUUCUCUUUCUCCGGAGUCCGUGCCAUGGAUCUAACCAGACCAGAGUCCAAAACGGGUUCCGGCCACGACCCGGGGACUACCGCCCGUGGGCCGCCGGCGUCCGCCAAGACCGCCGGAGACCUCCAGGGCACUUGCCCUCCCCCGCACGCCCCGGACCUGAACAAGUACAAGGUCCUCCCCGCCAUCCCCCGGGGCCGCUCUGGGACUCGGAGUCCGCCCCCCCAGGAGGAAGUGAGGGCGGAGUCCUGGUGUGACGGCGGCGGCGGCGGCGCCUUGCUGCUCGCCGUCAGCGCGCCGUGCGGCGGGAGCUUCGAGCAGCACUUUGAGCCCUCCGACCCUCUGCGGGUGGUGAGGGACAGCGCCGAGGUCCGGUUCGGGACCCGCUACGGCGAGGUUUCCAUAGCAACCAUGGACGUGCCACGCAGGAGCUUCAGAGACUUGGAGCGGACUCUGGUCCAGUGCGGAGUCCACGACGGAUCAGUGCUGUGCAUUUUUUUAAGUAAACAAUAGUCAACGACACUUCCUUUUGGAAAGGACCCUUUCAAAAUAAGAGUAUUUCUGUGAAUAAUCUCCUUUGGGAAUGAGACUGAUGUUACCUUGACAUAUUAUUUGCCAACUUUUUACUCAACACUUGCAUUAA